UCAAGAUCUAAGCGGAUAACAUCAAAUCUCUGGCUUCUCAUCUCAUGUUAGCAUAUCAAUCUACGAAGCAGAUGUUAAGAGUAGUAUUAUUGGUGUUUUUGCUUUUAGUAUCUGGAGAAGCUAUCAGAUUGUCGGGUGAGAAACCGAAAAAUAUAAUAGAGUUCAAUAGUAGGUACUCUGAAGCGUCUGAUUAUCGCAACGGAGAGCAAUGCGUUCCCAGAUUGAUGAGCAAAGCAGGCAAAUAUGAUUUGUGUAAUCCGGCUAUUGUUCAUGUUGCUAUGACCCUUGAUUCUGAGUACUUGAGAGGCUCAGUUGCAGCGAUCAAUUCAAUCCUCCGCCACGCUUCUUGCCCGGAAAACAUCUUCUUCCACUUCGUCACUUCGUCUUCUUCUGGGAGCUCGCCGGUUCAGUUGACAAGGAUUGUCCGGUCUGCAUUCCCGUCUCUGAACUUCAAGGCGUAUCCUUUCGAUGAAGGGCAGGUCAAAGCCCUGAUUUCUUCUUCAGUUCGUAAAGCUCUCGACAACCCAUUGAACUACGCGAGGAGCUACCUGGCUGAGAUAAUCGAGCAGUGUGUUGAUCGUGUGGUGUAUCUGGAUUCUGAUGUUAUUGUGGUUGAUGAUAUCCAGAAGCUAUGGUCAGUGAGCUUGACCGGUUCAAGAAUCAUUGCAGCUCCGGAAUACUGCCAUGUAGAUAUCGGAAAGUACUUUACCGGGGAGUUCUGGUCGGAUUCUGGGCUUUCAGGUGAUUUUCAGGGGAGGAAGGCCUGCUACUUCAACACAGGGGUGAUGGUAAUAGAUUUGGGGAAAUGGAGAAAGGGAGAUUACACCAAGAAAAUAGAGAACUGGAUGGAAAUACAGAGGGAGAAGAGGAUAUACCAUUUGGGAUCUCUUCCUCCAUUUUUGCUGGUUUUUGGAGGAGAAGUUGAAGGCAUUGAUCAUAGAUGGAACCAACACGGGCUCGGGGGCGAUAAUGUUGUUAAUAGUUGCCGGAAGUUGCAUCCUGGACAUGUCAGCUUACUGCACUGGAGUGGGAAAGGGAAACCAUGGGUGAGGCUUGAUGAAGGCAGACCAUGCCCGGUUGAUCAUCUUUGGAAACCUUAUGAUCUGUACACCAGUCCCAACUUUUCCACACAAUGAGAGGACCAAUCAUCACUGUGAUUACCAUGAUUCAUUCAUUCUUUCGUUUUUUUUUUUUUCACAAUUUUGGAAAUUUGUACUGUAAAUGAGAAACGCAUUCUUGAUUCUUGAAUGCCCAAAGGAGUUUUAUUCUAUGAGAGUACAUUUAUCAUU